CUUUUCAAUAUUUCAAUUUGGCAACACUGCUGAAUACAUUUCAGAUUCUUUUUCCAUGUUGUGGUCCUGAUGAGUCCACCAUUUUUGUGAGUUGUCCCUAUUUCAUUACAUUUCAGUAAUAUAACAUGACUUUCGUUAAAAUCGUGAAGAAUAAACAGUACUUCAAGCGCUAUCAAGUAAAGUUCAAGAGGCGUCGCCAGGGAAAGACUGAUUAUUAUGCUCGUAAACGUCUCAUCGUCCAAGAUAAGAAUAAGUACAACACCCCCAAAUAUCGUUUGAUUGUACGACUUUCUAAUCGUAACGUAACCUGUCAAAUUGCGUAUUCUCGUAUUGAAGGUGAUAAGAUUGUCUGCGCUGCGUAUUCUCAUGAGUUGCCCAAGUAUGGGAUUAAGGCUGGUUUGACGAAUUAUGCAGCAGCCUAUGCUACAGGUUUGUUGUUGGCUCGCCGAUUACUGAAGAAACUGGGACUUGAUACCUUGUAUGAAGGAACAACUGACGUAACUGGAGAUGAAUACAAUGUUGAAGGUGUUGAAAAUGGCCCAGGAGCUUUCAGAUGCUACCUUGAUGUUGGACUUCAACGUACCAGUACAGGAGCUCGCGUGUUUGCAGCCAUGAAGGGUGCAGUAGAUGGUGGUCUCAACAUUCCCCAUUCAACAAAACGUUUCCCUGGUUAUGAUAAUGAAACUAAGAAUUUCAAUGCUGAGGUACAUCGUAAUCAUAUUUUUGGAAUCCAUGUAGCUGACUAUAUGAGGUCAUUGGAGGAAGAAGAUCCAGAGGCUUUCAAGAGGCAGUUCAGUCAGUAUAUUAAAUUGGGAAUUAAUGCUGACCAGAUUGAGACUCUAUAUAAGAAUGCUCAUGCAGCAAUUCGUGCAGAUCCUGAGCCUGCAAAGAAGGAAGAUAAAGCACCUCCAGCAGCAAGAAAGAGGUGGAACCGCAAGAAGCUUACUUUGGCUGAACGCAAGGACCGUGUUGCACAGAAAAAGAAAUCAUUUUUGGCCAAGCUUCAAGAACAAGAAUCUUGAAACUUUUUGUAUAGUUAUUGUGUGACAAAUAAAUUAUCACAAUAAUUUU